AUUUAUGAUGCCUUAAAGUAUUUGGUUUUAGCUUCAUUCUAGCUAGUAAAAUGAAAGCUAUGCGAAAAAAGUAUAUGACUUUGUAAUUACCGAAAAUAUAUUGAGCUGUAACAUUUCAGUCAAUAAUCGUCCGUUAAUUCGAAAACCGUUGCUUUCAGCGGUAGAUUCAAAAUGGCCGGAAAAAGCGAGGAAGAAGUGUUCUCCACUGCUCGAAGAAAACGACUUUCUCUACUCAAGACUCCAUUAUCUGUUACAAGAUACAGUCCUUAUACAAAGACGCCAAGAACUGGACGUUCAACGAUAUUACCCAAGCACUGUGCCCGUGAAAAUGUUGAAGUAUUUACACCGAACGCUUCAACAUUUGUAAACAACCAUCUAUCGGACCAGCUGAAAACACCUCUAAGGAAUGGGGAAGUCUGUGAAAUCACAAACGAAAUCACCUCAAUAGUCAGGAAAACAUGGAGGGUCCAUUGCUGUUCGCCUUUCCACAAGCUUUGCUACAAAAACCUGAAACAAUACGGCAAAUUGCUUUCUUCUUCCUUACAAGCCGAAACGACCAAAGAAAGUAAAUUUGUAGAGGAACACUUUUCGGGGAAACUUGUUGCCCGGUUCUCCGUUUUAAAGGACUUGGUUUUAUACAACACAGACCCAAGAGGUCUUCAAAUUGAGUUGGUGGAUAACACUUCGAACUCAAAGAUUGAGAAACGCCUGUCUCUAUCAACAAUCGUGCUAUGUUCGAUUGGGAGAGACAUCGACGAGAACAUGUCAGAUGAUGCAUUCAAAACGCAUUUUGUGUCUUUACCAGUUUGCCUCGCCAAAGGAACCGUUGCGUUAACAAGAUAUGUGCUAUCUUGGUUAGAGAGGCAGUUUGACUGCAGAAUAACCCCGAUGGUAUUUUCCCCUUCAGAACUUUCUUGGUACUCAUCUCUCUGGGCCGGUACCGUUCCCAAAGAGUCUGAACACCUUUUAGAACUUUGCUACAAAGUGCCAACAGGGAUCCGAGGGUUAAGGCAAAUUACCUUGUCCGUCAAUGCUAGCGAUGCCAGGGAACUUUGGGAAUGCAUGCAUCCAAGUGACUCUGACAUUUUUAAUGAGGAGGAAUCUGUCUUUUUCAUGCAUUCUCUAGAGAGCCAUUUUUAUCACCAUUUUAAAAUCAGUUUGGGCUCAAUGUCGCUCUCACGUAUUGCUAAUUCACUUGUUUUUAUUGGAGGUGAAGGUAGACUGAAAAUUUUGCAUGCAGGGUAUGUUCGACAUGUUUUACAACAAAUUACACAGGCAGCAGCUGAGCGGGAAAUCUUAGCAAGAUUGUAGAUUAAUAUUUUAUUGUUUUUUAUUCAGUGGAACCUAGUCUGUAUAGUGUCACAAUAUUCUUGGUAUAACAAUAAAAAUAUUGUUCACCAGGUGUAUAAUAUAUCUCAUUAAAACAAUUUAUAUGAAAGUGAA